CGGGGGAUCCCACCUCUUCCUUCCUCGGACGCUCGGGCUAGGUAGGGCACCGGCUAGGUCCUGGUUCGCGUCGCCCGAGUCUUCCGAGAAGCGUGGCGCCUUCCUGGCCUACCGUGUGACUGACCCUCCGCUGUAUCCUGCUGCUGUCCCUCAGGUGAGGGAAGCCGGGCUGCAGAGCCUGCAGAGCACGACCUUCCCGGCUGCCUCCUGACUUUCCUCCUUAAUCCUUUGAAGACCGUUCCAGGUAGGGAAGGGGAACGAUGCCGGCCACGCAGAAGCCCAUGAGAUACGGACAUACAGAAGGACACACGGACGUCUGUUUUGAUGAUUCUGGAAGUUGUAUUGUGACUUGUGGAAGUGAUGGUGAUGUGAGAAUUUGGGAAGACUUGGACGAUGAUGAUCCUAAGUCCAUUAAUGUGGGAGAAAAGGCAUUUUCAUGUGCUUUGAAGAAUGGGAAAUUGGUCACUGCAGUUUCUAACAAUACUGUUCAAGUCCACACAUUUCCUGAAGGCGUUCCAGAUGGCAUAUUGACUCGAUUCACUACCAAUGUAAACCAUGUGGUCUUUAAUAAGGAUGGUACUAAGAUCGCUGCUGGAUCAAGCGAUUUUCUGGUCAAAGUGGUGGAAGUGAUGGAUAACAGCCAACAGAAAACAUUUAGAGGACAUGAUGCCCCUGUUUUAAGUCUGUCUUUCGAUCCUAAGGACAUCUUUCUGGCAUCAGCUAGCUGUGAUGGAACUGUCAGAGUGUGGGACAUUUCAGAUCAGACAUGUGCUAUUAGCUGGCCUCUACUCCAAAAAUGCAAUGAUGUAGUAAAUGCAAAAUCCAUCUGCAGACUUGCCUGGCAGCCCAAAACUGGAAAGUUACUAGCAAUUCCUGUGGAAAAAUCUGUAAAGCUGUAUUGGAGAGAAACUUGGAGUAACCCUUUUGAUCUUUCAGAUAGCUCUAUCUCUCAGGCUCUCAAUAUAGUAACCUGGUCUCCCUGUGGGCAAUAUUUAGCUGCAGGUACCAUUAAUGGCUUAAUUGUAGUUUGGAAUGUAGAAACCAAAGACUGCAUGGAAAGGAUAAAACAUGAAAAAGGUUAUGCAAUUUGUGGCCUGUCCUGGCAUCCUGCUUGUGGUCAAAUAUCUUAUACUGAUGCGCAAGGAAAUCUUGGGCUCCUGGAAAAUGUUUGUGACCCCAGUGGAAAAAUGUCGAGCAAUAAGGUGUCUAGCAGAGUGGAAAAUGAUUACAAUGAUCUUUUUGAUGGAGAUGAUGCAAGUAAUGCUGGAGAUUUUCUGAAUGACAAUGCAGUUGAGAUCCCUUCUUUUUCAAAAGGGAUUAUAAAUGAGGAUGAGGAUGAUGAUGACCUCAUGCUGACUUCAGGUCGUACAAGACAGCGAAACCACAUCCUAGGAGAUGACGAAAACUCAGCUGAUGCUACAGUGCUACAAACUGGUCUUUUCAAAGAAGAGAAAGAAGAUGAUCAGGCAGGCAAUAUUCACAGUCUACCCCUUAUAAAAUCCCAAAGGCCAUUUUAUGAUGGGCCCAUGCCAACUCCCCGACAAAAGCCAUUCCAGCCAAGUUCUACACCCUUGCAUCUCACUCAUAGAUUCAUGGUGUGGAACUCUAUUGGAAUUAUUCGCUGUUACAAUGAUGAGCAGGACAAUGCCAUUGAUGUGGAGUUCCAUGACACCUCCAUACACCACGCCACACACUUAUCAAACACUUUGAACUACACAGUGGCAGAUCUUUCCCAUGAAGCUAUUUUGUUGGCAUGUGAAAGCACUGAUGACCUAGCCAGCAAGCUUCAUUGCCUGCACUUCAGUUCCUGGGAUUCAAGUAAAGAGUGGGUAGUUGAUAUGCCUCAGAGCGAGGACAUUGAAGCCAUAUGUCUUGGUCAAGGAUGGGUUGCUGCUGCCACUAGUACCUUGCUCCUUCGAUUAUUUACAAUUGGAGGGGUUCAGAAAGAGGUCUUCUGCCUUCCUGGACCUGUGGUGUCUAUGGCAGGACACGGAGACCAACUUUUCAUUGUUUAUCACAGAGGUACAGGGUUUGAUGGAGACCAGUGCCUUGGAGUUCAACUGCUAGAGCUGGGGCAAAAGAAAAAACAAAUUUUGCAUGGUGACCCUCUUCCACUGACAAGGAAAUCCUACCUUACAUGGGUUGGGUUUUCGGCUGAAGGUACUCCCUGUUACGUGGAUUCUGAAGGCUGUGUUCGAAUGCUUAACAGAGGGCUUGGUAAUACAUGGACUCCUAUAUGUAACACAAGAGAACACUGCAAAGGAAAAUCUGAUCACUACUGGGUGGUUGGUAUCCAUGAAAAUCCCCAGCAGCUGAGGUGCAUCCCUUGUAAAGGUUCUCGGUUUCCUCCCACCCUUCCCCGUCCUGCUGUAGCUAUAUUAGCCUUUAAGCUUCCAUACUGUCAGGUUGCAACAGAGAAAGGCCAAAUGGAGGAACAGUUUUGGCGUUCAGUUCUGCUUCACAACCACCUUGAUUACUUAGCUAAAAAUGGUUAUGAAUAUGAAGAGAGUACUAAAAAUCAAGCAAUAAAAGAACAACAGGAACUUUUAAUGAAAAUGCUUGCACUUUCUUGUAAACUGGAGCGAGAAUUUCGCUGUGUGGAACUUGCUGAUUUAAUGACUCAGAAUGCUGUGAAUUUAGCCAUUAAAUAUGCGUCUCGCUCUCGGAAAUUAAUAUUGGCCCAAAAACUUAGUGAACUAGCUGUUGAGAAGGCAGCUCUUCUAGCAGCAACUCAGGCAGAAGAGGAGGAAGAAGAGGAUUUCAGAAAACAGCUGAAUGCUGGUUACAGUAAUACUGCCACAGAGUGGAGUCAGCCAAAGCCCAGACGUCAAGUUGAAGAUGAUGCUGAGGACAGAGGAGAGAAUGAUGAUCUUGAAGAGCAUGAGGUCCACAAGCAUGGACACGGCUUAUCCCAGAGUACAAAUUUCUCUGAUACGCCAACUGGUGCUGUUAUCUGUAGCAACCAGGGACGAGUAAACCCCUUCAAGGUACUUGUUAAUUCCAAAGAACCAGCCAUAUCAGCAAAUUCAACACGUUCAACUAAUAUUUUAGACAAUAUGGACAAAUUAUCCAGGAAAUCCACUCCACUUAAUCGAGCAGCAAAUAAUGAAAAGUCUCCAGUUAUAAAGCCUCUCAUUCCCAAGCCAAAAUCUAAGCAGGUAUCUGCAGCAUCCUAUUUCCAGAAAAGAACUUCACAGGCUGAUAAGACUGAGGAAAUAAAAGAAGAAAAUCCUAAAAUUCCAACAUCUGAAACCCCAGCUAUGUCCCCUCAAAACUCUGAACAUCAAAGACCAAAGACUGGGUUCCAGGUGUGGCUGGAAGAAAAUAGAAGUCAUAUAUUGUCUGACAACUCUGACUUUUCAGAUGAAGCAGACAUAAUAAAAGAAGGAAUGGUUCGAUUUAGAGCAUUGUCCGCUGAAGAAAGGAAGGCAUGGAAUAACAAGGCCAAGGGAGAAACCACCAGUGAUGGAGCCGAAGCAAAGAAGCGAAAACGUGUGGUUGAUGAAAGUCAUGAGACAGAAAACCAGAAAGAAGCAACAAAGGAGAAUCUGAGUUUGCCUAAAAAGCAAAAAGCUUUAGAUCUUCCUGCUAAUCAGAAACUGUCAGCUUUUGCAUUUAAGCAGGAAUAAAAGAGGAAGAAAGUGAGCUUGGGAAAAUGAUGGAACUUUUGUUCAUCUCUUGAUGAGUCUGGACUUCUAUUAAUCUUUAGAAAACACACCAUUACAUAUGUAUUUUUAAAGAGUUUAAAGAGAGCUUUGUUUUUAUAGGGGUGUAGCUCAGUGGUACAGUGCUUGCCUAGCAUGCACAGGCCCUGGACUCCAUCCUCAUCACCACAAAAAAUUAAAAAGGCAAUGCAGUGAUUAUAUUGGGAUCAGAAACAGCCUGUUUAAGAGCUAUCAUCUUUGCAGAUUACUCUGCCUCCUGUGGGAGAAUUAUGAUUGCAGUUACUGACCAGAGGCUACCAUCAUGUCCCAGUGGAAGCCAUUUAUAUUGUUUCUAACCUUUAAAAUUAUUAAAAGCCAAGAACUUAAAACUUCUGUGAGUUGAACAACCGUCUUGGAGUUUCCUCCCUUUGCUUAUACUGCAUAGUAUACACGCCAACCUAAGAUAAGUUACCACAGACUGCUCUGUGUCUACUGUACCUCAGGGACCAUGACUUUUAAUAUGGGCCCCAAUGUGUAAAUAACCUUGUAAAUCAGAUAUUUUAUUUUGUGUGUUUUGGAACUUCAUAUAUGGCUUUCAAUUAUGUUUGUAUAACCUGGAUUAGUUUUAGGUAAAUAAAACUUAUUCAUUUGCAUAUUGGCUUAACUUUGUAUCCCCAACGCCCGAUUCCUCCACAUGGUGUGCAUAGUAGAGAAGAGCUGAGGACCUUGCUGUGAGAUCAUGACUGCCUUUGGCAUCCAUGCAUCUGUGAUGCCCUGCUUACCAGCCGCAUCAGUUCCUUGCUGAACAAGUCUUUGAAGGCUUAGUAAGGCAAUGGUUAGAGGAAGGAGAAGUAUCUAAUUGCUCUUUUAUUUUGAACAGCCAGGGUUUGUUUCAUACAUUUUUGCCCAUUUUUGGAGUGUGUGUGUCUGUAUUCACAUGUGUGAGUGCAGGUGCGUGUGCCAUGGUGUGCCAAAUCCACGUGUUCCAAUUAUGACCGAAUAACAAACCAUCCUAGCAUUUAAUGGCUUAAAACAAUGACAACACUAAUUUUGUUUGCAAACCUGAAAUUUGGCUAUAACUCAGCAGCAGUUUAUUUGCUCUUGAUGUUGGCUGGAGCUGGAAUCAUUUGAAGGUUCUCUUUGAAGUAUCUGGCAGAUGGUAUUGGAUUCUGUCCAUCUUGACCACUCCUUCAUUUGUUAGGUUGAUUUGGACUCUCAGCACAGUGGCUUGGCUGAAGGAUACCCACAGAACUGGGAGUUACAUCUUUUCUAGUCUAGCAUCAGAAGUCUGCUUCACAUAGUCAAGGGGUGGGAACUUAGCCCUUUCUUUUUCAUGAAGGAAUGUUGACAUGAAAGAUCACGUGGACUCAGGCACAUUGGUGUGCUCAUCUUUGGAAAAUACAAAUGGCCACUGUUAAAUAAUUUUUCCCAGGGAGAUGUGAAGAAACGUCCACUCAUACCAGAUAGGGCACCAGUGACAGACCAAAGAAGUGAUUCCAUCCAAAUCUGGCUUGGUGAACAGAUUAAUAUAAUUGGGUUUACUAACAGGAGCAUGAAUGGGGUUUGUGUAGAGAAGCCUGGGCAACUUAGGGACAGCUACACCACUGGAGGAGAGUCUUGCAAUUGCUAACUGGUUUAUGUCCUCUCCCCAUCUACCAUGCAUGCAGUGAGAACUACUCCCCUUCCAUGAGGGAACAUUAACAGGCCCAAUCUUGUUAGGGUCUUGUGCAGGUAACCAUACCUGCUCUAAUUUUAAGAUACAAAGAGCCAACUAUACCAUGUCUGCAGGACACAAUAGACUUGUUGAGCGAACUAUAGUGUUUAUGGCCUCAUGGAGUAACUACAGUGAACAGGAGACAGCCCAGGACCAUCCACAGUGAGAUGUGUAAUGGAAAGUUCUCCCCUUCAUGAAAUCAAGACCCUGAAGGACUGCUGCCUGCUGAAGGGUUUUUACUAUUUUUGCAGUGCUCUGGAUUGAACCCCAGGGCCUUGCAUAUGUGAGGCAAGUGCCUUUCUACUGAGCUAUGCCUUUAACCUGUCUCUGGUUUAAGAUAUUAUAAAUAAAAAAUAAGCUGAUUUCUAGCUGUCUGCCCCCUCCCCAUGAACUGCAUAGAUAACUCUAUCUCAAACAUUGCAAUAAUUGGGGUAUCUAUAUUA